GAGACUUCAGCAAUUGAUUCCAUCACGUCAGGAAGAAAUGUGUUCACGUUCUCGCUAGCAGACAAGCAGGAGCAGCACUUGCAAUGGAACCCUUUCAUCUAUAGAGGGCGCCACCACGAGGAGGAGCUUGCCAGUAUGAGGGACGCAGGACGUGAAACGAACUGCUCUCCAGAUUGCGCUGCCCUUCAUCACUCGCUGAACACGCAGCUGACGAUAACCGGCAACAGUGCUGCCCCCUGCUGUGAAUCUCAUGAGUCCGACAUGCUUCGUACACCGAACACCCCACCAAAGAAACGCCACUGCCGAUCUCUGUCUACGCCCUGCUGUUACCACGGUGACAACAGGGAAGACCACCAUAGUCAGUCUUAUUCUCAGGGUAAUAUCUGCUAUUCCACUGGCCAUGCGCACCAGCCGCCUGGUGAACUGAGGCCGCAGCAUAUUCGACGGGACCUGUGCCGCGAGAGGCACCUCUCCGGCGACACGGCUUUCUUCUGCAGGGAACGCCACUACAGCGCUGAUGCGUUUGGCCAGGGUAAAAAGCAUCAAUAUUUGUGUGGCCUCCACCGCCCUGCUGCGCUAUAUGGAUCUCUAGGGUCAUCGGAGCUUAAAGCACUGAUGGCGACACAGGGCAAGGUGGGAGCGAGUCCCAGUGGGUCACCGAUUCCUCGACCAGCUUCUGCUGCCAGCAAACCCUACGACUUCAGUGCUAAGCUGUCUCGACCUCUGGACUGCGCCACUGACGAGGACCACUUCAAGAUACGCAGCCUGUCUCUGUCUGAGGACCACAUUUCGCUAAACUGUGCACGGCGAGCAGCAUGUAAGUGCGCGGGCGCACAACGCCUAUCCAGGACGCGCUCGCAGCCAUGCGUAUCCGAGAAGAAGUACGGCAUCAAGCGGCGACGGCCGAAGGAGAAACACCGGCCUUCGAUCGACUUCUACAAGAUGAAAGAG